AUGGCCGGGCCGCCUCUCUCUGCUGCUCUCCUCCGCGGCAGAGACGACAUACUGGCCGGCGGCGCGCGCCACGGGCCGACCGACGCGAGCGGCGCGCGGGACGGAGCGGCGCGCGCGGCGAUGGCGGUGGCGGCUACACACGGCGACGGCCGACGCGCGAGCGGCGGCGCUAUAGCCGGCGGUGGCGCGCGGAGGAGCGAGGCGGCGGGCGGCGGCGGAGGAGCGAGGCGGCGCACGGCAGAGACGUACGGGCGGAGGAGCAGGGCGGCGCGCGGAGGAGCAGGCGACGACGACGGCCAGCGAGGGUUCGAGCGCGGAGGAGUAGGACGACGGCGUUCGGGCGCGGCGGCAGACGAGAGCGGAAUCGACGAGGAGAAGAACGGCGCGGCGGUUCGCGCCGCGCCAGUAUUUAUAGCACCCCCCCUUUAG